AAAUAACAGGACAAUAAUGGGAAUGAAGUGGGGUUUGUUAAAAAAAUUGAAUCUAUUCUGAAUUUUUAAUGGUUUAUUUAGAAUUGGAGAUUGUUACUAGAUAUAUGAUGGGUGAAUGUUUUAAAAUCUAAACUAUUUCUGAAAUGAUAUGGGUUCUUUUUAUUGUUGAAAUAAAUUUCUAAAUUUAUACCAAGUUGAAAUUCGAUGUUAUGGUUAGCUUCCAUACGGGAUUGAAUUUUCGUGUAAAUAUCUUAUAGCUAAAGAUCGUUACAAAUUGAAUUUUAAACUUAGGUCCACGAAUUGAAUUUGGGAGAUUUCUGAAUACAUAAUCCAAUUACAAAUUCGGGUUCGAAAAUCGUUUCCCCAUAUUUUUGGAUUAUAAAAAAUUGGAGUUCAAAGUCAAUGCAUAACCAUAAUUACUUGAGCUACUCUGUCAAGUAAUGAUGUUGCUAUUUCUUGGUGCCAAAACUUGAGCAUGAAACCGUGUGCAACCUGUUUGUAGAAAUGUCCACAAGACUUAUCCCUCAAGUUAACUGUUUAUAAGGUGUGAAGGGCAUUAAAGUUACUUGUUGCAAAGGUUGCUUGGGUUGAGAAUGGAGCUACCUAUAACUCAACCUGAUGAUUGGCAUCUUCACCUUCGAGAUGGUGACCUUCUUAAAGCUGUUGUUCCACACAGUGCAAGUCAUUUUGGAAGAGCGAUUGUGAUGCCGAAUUUGAAACCUCCCAUCACUACAACAGAUGCUGCUGUGGCUUAUCGUGAAUCCAUCUUGAAAGCUCUGCCAGCCGAUAGCAAGUUCACUCCACUAAUGACACUUUAUUUGACUGAUACCACUAGUCGUGAUGAGAUCAAGCUUGCUAGAAAAAGUGGGAUUAUAUUUGCUGUGAAGUUGUACCCUGCAGGUGCUACAACAAAUUCUCAAGAUGGUGUUACCGAUCUAUUUGGCAAAUGCCUACCAGUGCUUGAGGAGAUGGCCGAGCAGAAUAUGCCUUUGCUGGUUCAUGGGGAGGUUACAGAUCCUAAUGUUGACAUAUUUGAUCGUGAGAAAGUCUUCAUUGACACUGUUUUACAACCUUUGAUCCAAAGGCUUCCAAGAUUAAAGAUUGUGAUGGAGCACAUAACUACUUUGGAUGCGGUUAAGUUUGUUGAAUCUUGCAAAGAAGGAUUUGUGGCAGCCACUGUUACUCCACAGCAUCUUGUUCUGAACAGAAAUGCUAUCUUCCAAGGAGGAUUGCAGCCACAUAAUUACUGCCUUCCAGUACUCAAAAGAGAGACUCACAGGCAGGCUAUUGUUUCAGCUGUGACUAGUGGAAGUAAAAGAUUUUUCCUUGGAACUGAUAGUGCUCCUCAUGAGAGAAGAAAAAAAGAAUGUCCUUGUGGAUGUGCUGGUGUUUACAAUGCUCCCGUUGCACUGUCACUAUAUGCCAAGGUCUUUGAAGAGAUGGGUGCACUCGACAAGUUAGAGGCAUUUACAAGUUUCAAUGGGGCAGACUUCUAUGACCUUCCUCGGAACACAUCAAAGAUAAAAUUGAGCAAAACUUCAUGGCAGGUACCUGAGGCUUUCUCAUUUUCAUUUGGCAAUAUCAUUCCAAUGUUUGCUGGCAAAAUCCUUGAAUGGCAGCCAGCUUUAAUUUAAUUUUCACAUCACAUAUUGCAAUAAUACAUGAUGAUUUUUUUUUU